GAGCGAACGAGAGAUAAGAGAGAGAGGGAGAGAGCAGUGCCCGAGGAACACUCAGACAGAACAAAUGAGCAGCCGCAGCUCGACUCCCGCCAGAGACGCUGGUAUCGGCACGCCGGAGAGAGCUGCUUCACCAGGAGUCAGAUUACAGCCGGAGAGCUGAGGACGGAGGUGCAAGAGCAAGACUGAGUUUCUCUGAAGUGGGAUCUCAGUUCACACACACAGAGAGGGACAGAAAACUAGCGAGGAGUUGUUGCAGUCCUCGUGGUCGUGGUUCCCCACAUGCACAGAUGAGAUCAUGGAUUCACUCUUGACGGCAGUGGUGCGUGGGGACGCCAUGGAUCUGGACGCGUGACGACCAUGGAGAGCAUGUUUAUCGGUAACGCGUAUCAGAGCGGAUUGGUGCCAGCGCUGGUUCGAGCUCCUCUGCCCACUGUGCUGCCCUCUCUGGGCAUGAAGCACUUCCUUCCCUUCCCUCUGGACAGCGGCUCCACGCUCAGCCUCAUUCCCAGCUUCAGCAGCAUGGACCCCGUUCAGAAAGCUGUUUUGCAUCACACGUUCAGCGCUCCGGCCUCCUCUAAAAGAAAAGCUGUCUCAUGCGGCGUGUGCCAGCUGAGGUUUAACUCGCAGAGCCAGGCAUUGGCCCACUACAAAGGCACCAAACAUGCCAAGAAGCUGAAAUCCUUGGACGCUCCGAAAUGCCUCAAACACAAGAGUUCCCUGGUCACCAAGGAAAAUACCAACAAGGAGCCGCCUAAGGGCCUCUCUCCCUCCACAGCAGCCAGCAACACUGACAGAAAGGGUGGGAGUCAUGGAGCGCCUGUGGCCCCUUCAUCACCCUCUUCUGCCCCAGUGUCCGGCCCCGGCGUGGAGCCCACAGAGCCAGAGUCUACCUCAGUAUCAGGAGGAGAGGAAGGCCGCUCCAUCACGCCCAACCCGCCUGAACCAGAAGAGAAUGACCCCGCAGUCAGUCCAGAGACGGAGAAUGAGAAAGCGCUGCGUCUGCUCUACUGCUCCCUCUGUAAGGUGGCCGUCAACUCUGCGUCACAGCUAGACGCGCAUAAUAUCGGCACCAAACACAAAACCAUGCUCGAGGCUCGGAGUGGGAUCGGCUCCAUCAAAUCCUUCCCCAGGCCUGGACUGAAGAGCAAGCUGACUGCACCCACUAAAGCAGACACGGGCCUGCAGAACAAGACAUUCCACUGUGAAAUCUGCGACGUGCACGUCAAUUCAGAGACGCAGCUCAAGCAGCAUAUCAGCAGCAGACGCCAUAAAGACAGAGCUGCAGGGAAACCAGCCAAACCCAAGUACAGUCCUUACACCAAAACCCAAAGAAGAGCCACCAAACAGACACAGGUGAAGAUGCCAGUCAGUAAAGACCUGUGUCCACUGCUGACAACCAGGAUAAUGCCGUCCCACCUGGCAGCUGUCGCCGCUGCGGCCGCUGCCGUUAGCUCCGCCUUCCCGCUGCGUGCCUGCCAUAACCCCGCCCUCUUUCAGACUCAGUCCCUCCCCGCUGCGCUGCUCCGCCCUGCACCUGGGCCAAUCAGGACUGCUCACACACCUGUACUGUUUGCCCCCUAUUGAUCUUUGAACUAUGAUCUCUGGUGGAUCACCUCACACUGGGCACGCAGCCCGGAUCAAAUGAGCGAUACCAGGUAACUAUGCAUCGUCAUUUACAUGUGACACACUGACGUUAAGCUAUAAAUGUAUCGGUGGAGAUUUGAUUUUUGUUUUUUUCUGUACGGAAACCAUGAUUCGUCAUCAUCAUCAUCGCUUAGAGUGCAAGAUUGAUUUGUAAAUUUAAGGUGAGUUUGGGAACACAUAGAUGUUAAUAAUGGAGACAAUGGAAAGUUGUAUUUCUCUGCUGUUUUGCACUUGAAGUCUUUCUGUUGUUGAUUUCUAGAUGACUAGAUCCCUUCCUGUUUCCAGCUGUUGGUGUAACAGGUCAGCAGUGCUUCAUUUGUCUAUGGACCCGUUUCACAUUUCUGUGGUUCUCAGAAGCUGAAUUCAUCAUAAGCUUCUAUAGUCGUGAAUGGAAACUACAACAAAUAUCAUUUUUGCAUUCCCAUUUGCUUCAAUAGAAGAAAAAAAAAAUCCAGUGUAGCAUUUCUAUGACUACACAAAAGAGGAAGAAAUAUCCAUCAACAUAAUCAUAUAUCAAAAAUGCAUAAAUCAGAUAUCUAUGUAAUCAAUUAUGGUCAUAAGAGAGAAAUUUCAAAUUUGC